AUGCAAGGUCUAAGGGAUGUAUGGGAUUUAUUGUUCUUCUCUUUCAUUUCACCAUAUAUUCUCCCGACAUAUAACUCCUCAAUAAAAUCUUUGGAUGAUCUGCCAGUUUUAUUUAAAUCUGAUAACUUACAAUAUUGGGUAAAGCGAAUAUCAGAUGCAUUUGAUUAUGAGGAGUAUUACUCAAUGUACAAGAGACAUGGAUUCUGUAUUUAUGCUGCAUUAUUUUGGUCACUCUGGAAACCCUUCCUUGCUACUCUCUCUUUAAGACUUUUGUUUGAUAUUGCAGGGUUGUUUUCACUCUUUGGGAUCUCUUUAUUCUCUUUUUCUUCAACAAAGAGAGGUACCUUAUCUUCAGUAUUGUAUAUCUUUAUAUCAAUCUUAGUGAAGUCUCUCAUUGAUUGUCAUUCUAGAUUUUUAAUUGCAAGAUUUUGCAUAAAAAUUGAAGGUUCAUUGAUAUUGAUAGCUUUAGACAGAGUUAUUCGUCAUAAAGAUAUAUAUACAGAAAUUCCCUUGACAGCAACAUAUAUGGUGAAAGGAGGUGAUAACCCCAUGUCAUGUAGAAAGUCAUUAUUGCUAAGACAGAGAGAAGUUAAAUUUAAUAGCAGCAAUGCAGCUAAUCAAUCAUCUAAUGUAUUUAAUUUAAUUGUAGGAGACGCUUUAGCAAUAGAACACUUUCUAAGCUGUCUUGUUGAUUUAAUUCUAUUACCUAUUCGCUUGUUCCUAGCAUGGUGUACAUUAACAACAUUACUUGGAGCAUCUUCUGCAUUUCCAGCAAUUUUAACAUUUUCAAUAGUUUUAUUUUUAAGCUUCCUCUUUGAGAUAAUUGGAGCACUAAAUAAGGAACCGUUUAUGAGUAAAAGAGAUGAAAGAAUUGAUAGAUGCCAUGAAGUACUUAGUGAUAUACGUUCAAUUAGAACUGCAGGACUGGAAGAUGUAGUAAUAAAGAGAAUUACAAAGUCGAGAAUACAAGAGAUGUUUUGGAAUAAAAAAAGGUUUAUAUUUAGUAGAAUCGCCAGUUUUUUUGAUUAUCAUUUAAAGAGCUACUCUCAAUAUGUAUUAUUCGUUACAUUUCUUUAUUAUAUUGUAAAAUAUCCGGAAUUAUACAAGAGUUCCUAUUCUAUAUCAACUGGAGCUACAGCUCUACAAGUUCUAAUGCAAUUGUCUUCUGGAAUAAGGGCUUUACCAACUAACAUUAUUGAGGGUACUAUUUCAUUGCAAAGAUAUGCAACUUUUAUAAAAACUCAUCCAGUAAAGAAAUCUAAAAAUUUGGAAACUACCAAUACUUCCAAGAAUCAAGAAUGUAAUGAGGAUUAUGAGUAUCAGAAUUUGAUCCCUUCAGAAGGCUGCAAAUGUAAUAGAUACCUUUCAGACAGUUGUUCAAGUUUAAUGAGAAGUUCUGAGGAAUCCUUGAUUUACCAAUCUAAUACUAUUGUAUCUGUUAGAAAUGGGAUAUUUUCUUGGGAUAGUAGUGUUAACUGUCGAUAUGUUACAAAUAUUAAUAAAGCAACAUUAUUAGAUAUCAACUUUAGUGUAAAAUUAGGGGAAUGUGUAUUUUUAGUAGGAGAGCCAGGAUGUGGAAAAUCCUCUUUAAUAAAGGCUGUAUUAGAUGAAAUAUAUCCAAUUUCAGCUGAGGUAUUUGUUCAGCCAAGAACUGCAAAUAGUGCUAUUGCUUAUGCUUCCCAAUUACCUUGGAUUCCUAGUGGAAGCAUAAGAUCAAUUAUUGUAUUUGGUAGAGAGUGGGAUGAACAGAAGUAUUCUUUAGUUGUUAAUUGUUGUCAGUUAAAUAAAGAUUUUGAAUCUUGGCAAGAUGGUGAUCUACGUACUGUAGAUGAAGGAGGUUUUUCUUUAAGUGGAGGUCAGAGGGCAAGAAUAUCACUAGCUAGAGCUUUAUACUCCCUCCCCUUAGAGGCAUCAAAAAACUUAAGAAGUGAUGAAUCAUUAGACCCAUAUAUAAUAAAAGCAUGGGAAUCUGUGUUAUACUUGUUUGAUGAUAUAUUUGUCAGUAUAGAUCCUAGAGUUGGAAGUCACAUAUUCAGAAGACUUUUUGGGAAAAAUGGACUACUUGUAAAUAUGGCAACUAUUGUAUCAAUAAGUAUUGACAGCUUGCAUCAUUACAUGACUCAAAUGAGGCUUGAUGGAUACAAUAGAAAUGAGUUGAGUACAGAUAAUAAUACUAAUUUGAAUAACUCAACAAUACCAUAUACAAAACAACUGAUGUUUACUGUGAUUGUGAUGAACGAUGGUAGAAUUCACUGGACUGGAAGUUAUGAUGAAUAUAUUCAAGAUAAAUAUUGCAGAGAUCAAUUAAUAGCUGUAGAAGAUAUAGAAGUGGAAGAAACCAAGUAUCCUGUGCCAAUUAUAAGAUCUGCUUCAUUUUCUGGAACGGCACCUAGUUCUACUAAUGAAGAGCAAAAAUCUUUGAAUACUCCAAAAAGUAUUACUAGUUCAUUUGUAGUCACAAAGUCUGAACAUAGCGAUAAACAGAAAUUUGAUAAUGAAGCCAAUACAAAGCUACCAAGUGAAAACUGUAAAGGUAGAGUUAGUGGGAAAUCCUAUCGUUGGUAUUUGGGUCUACUUGGAAUUCCAUGGGUAAUUAUUUUUCUGGUAGGAUGUAUAUUGAAGGUUGCAAUAGAUAGAAUGUUGGAACUAACUUUGGUAAAUAAAUCUGCUAAUAUAGAAAUAUCAAGAUCUGCACAGUCUACAUAUAAUUUAUGUAUUCAGCUAACAGUAUCUCUUCUCAUUGAAAGUUUAAUUAGCUUCUUAAUUUUUAUUGGAGAAGCUCUAGCGGGGAUUAAUGCAGCUAUGAAAUCACAUGAAGCUUUUUUAAGUAAAGUUGUAUUAGCUCCAUUUUGGUUCUAUGAUGUCAACUCUAUAGGCCGGAUACUUAAUAGAUUUAGUUCAGAUAUGUUGGCUAUAGACAAUUGCAUUAUCAGGAGAAUUACAGCAGUUAUAUUCCCAGUUCUUUCAUUUUUAUUUAAUUUCAUAUUUGUAGCCUUUAAGGUUCCGCAAACUAUAUUAUUUGAAUUUUUAAUCGUUUUUUUAACCGUCAAGUUUAUAGCACGUUCAUUUAUUGCAACAUAUAGAGAUGCUCAGCGAUGUGCAUUACUAGCCCAGUCUCCUUUAUGUAGUACAUUUUCAGAGUCACUUAGUGGAGCUUCAAUAAUACGUGCUUACAGAGUUGAACAGCUUUACUUAGAUAAAUGUCUGGAAUUUGUUAACAAACUUCAAAGAGCUCGUCUAUUGCAGCAUGCAGCAUGCCAGUGGGCAGGAAUUAGGCUUCAAUUUAUUUCAGCACCAUUAUCACUUGUAGUGCCAAUAUUUGACUUAUUUUUUCCUACUUCAAGAGAAACCUUGAUUAUGCCUUUAACGUACUCUAUUACAUUUGCGGAGAGUAUCAAUGACAUUAUAUUCAGGUUGAUGAGCUUAGAAAAGGAUAUGUGUUCUGUAGAACGCGUAUAUGAGUAUAUUAGACAAUUAAAAGAUGAUGAAGUAAAUCAACCUCAUAUUCUUUUUGGGAACUCUGUAAUACCAGAUGAACGCUCAGGGAUUGUAAUAUCUGAUCUAGAAGUAAGAUAUAGACGUCCUAUUGAAAAACCAGAUAAUUACCAUUUAAAUAUAGAUGGAAAGAAGACAAAAUCUGUGGAUUCAAUGUACUUUGCAGCUACACUACGAAAUAUUAAUCAAAUUGCAGGUCCAAAUGAUCAUAUAGGUAUUGUUGGAAGGACAGGUAGUGGAAAGUCAACAUUUAUUAUGGCUCUACUAGGUCUGGUACCAACAACAAAAGGUAAUAUUUAUUUGGAUGGUAUACCAAUUAACCAGUUACCAUCUUCCACAAAAAGAAAAUUGGUUGGAGUAUUACCACAAGUUCCCUUACUACUUAAAGGCUGGACUGUAAGAGACUUUUUAGAUCCUGAAAGACAAAGAUCUUCAGAAGAUCUUUGGGAGGCACUAAGAAUAUGUGGAUUAUCUAGUACUAUAAGGUCUUUGCCAGGUGAGAAGAUGCUUGAUACAAUUCUAGUUCCUGACAUAGACAUAAAUGCAAUUCACGAGGUUGGUGUCCAAGAACUACAAACCGAGUAUGAAGAGCAAAAUCAUUGUAUUGCAAAUGCUAGAAGUAAUAUUACAGACUUAGUUGCUAAGUACUUAUCAGACUCUCAGCUUAGAUACUUAUCUCUAGCUCGUCUAGUCGUAAAUGCUAGAGACUACAGAAUGAUAUUGGUUGAUGAACCUCCUCCAGAUAUAAGUGAUGAGCAGAUUUGUGGGAAAGCAUGUUACAUCCCAGUUCAUGAACUAUUAAGAACCUACUUCCCUCAUUGCACAGUUUUUGUAGUAGCUCAUCAUGCUGCAUCUUUACAAAAGUGCAACAAGAUCUGGGUACUUGGGGGAGGUACGAUUAAGACAGUUAUUAAUUCAACUGGAAUAAUUAGACAAAGUGACUUAGCUAGCCUACUAAAAAAUCACUAA